UUUCCGCGCGGCGCUGAUGAUGGAGCCGAACCACAGCGACACAAACCCGAGAAUAAACCCGAGAAUAAACCCGGGAAUAAACCCUCCAGAACCGCCGCAGGGACACGGACCCGAGGCGGACACAGCCGCGUCCCGCUCCGACAGCAGCGGAGACGAUUCUCUGGACGGCCUCUCGUCGCCGCGCUGCCCUUCGACCCCUCGUUGCCCUUCGACCCCUCGCUGCCCUCUGACCCCCGCGACCCCCAUGACCUCUUCCCUGUCGCCACGGAAACGCUCGAUGUCUCAGAGUAAGACGGAACCUCCGCUGCUGCGCACGAACAAACGCACCAUCUACACGGCGGGACGUCCCCCCUGGUACAACGUGACCGGCACCAGCUUCAAGGAGGCGUUCGUCAUCGGUCUUUGUGGAGGAAGUGCUUCUGGGAAAACGACUGUGGCGAAUAAAAUCAUCGAGGCGUUGGACGUGCCGUGGGUCGUGCUGCUCUCCAUGGACUCCUUCUACAAAGUCUUGACCCCAGAGGAGCAGGAGUUGGCGAGUAAAAACGAGUAUAACUUCGAUCAUCCCGACGCGUUUGACUUCGAGCUGCUCGUCACGGUUCUGAGGAAACUGAAGAAGGGGAAGAGCAUAAAGGUUCCAGUGUACGACUUUAACUCCCACUGCAGACGCAAGGAGUGGAAAACUGUGUACGGAGCCAACGUGGUGAUUUUUGAAGGAAUCCUGGCGUUUGCAAAUAAAGAACUACUCAAGCUCUUGGACAUGAAGGUGUUCGUGGACUCGGACUCGGACAUUCGUCUGGUCCGGAGGUUGAAGAGGGACAUUUCUCAGCGCGGCAGAGACAUCACCGGGAUCAUCAAACAGUACAACACGUUUGUGAAGCCAGCGUUCGAGCGCUACAUCGAGCCCACGGUGCAGCUGGCAGACAUCGUGGUGCCCAGAGGAGGAGAGAACUUUGUGGCGUUGGACCUGAUCGUUCAGCACGUCCACAGUCAACUCGAGAAGCGCGAGAUCACCGUCAGAUCUGCGUUGGCGUCUGCUCAUCAGUCUCAGCCGUUGCCUCAGACUCUCAGUGUCCUGAACAGAACUCCACAAGUCCUGGGAAUGCACACGAUCAUCAGGAAUCGAGAAACGAGUCGUGACGAGUUUAUUUUUUACUCCAAACGACUCAUGAGACUCCUGAUCGAACAUGUUGUUUUAAUUUUUCUCCAGUCUGUUUCCGUGGAGACGCCACAGGGCGGAGUCUAUGAGGGGAAGAGACUCGGAGGGAAGAGGAUCACAGGUGUGUCGAUUCUCAGAGCAGGUGAGACGAUGGAACAGUCUCUCAGGGCCGUGUGCAAAGACAUCAGACUGGGCAAGAUCCUGAUCCAGACCAACCACGACACCGGAGAACCAGAGCUUCAUUACUUGCGUUUGCCGAAGGAAAUCUCGGAGGAUUAUGUGAUUUUGAUGGACAGCACCGUGUCGACCGGAGCCGCCGCGCUCAUGGCCAUACGAGUCCUGCUGGACCACGACGUUCCCGAGGAGCGGAUCUUCCUGCUGUCGCUGGUCAUGGCGGAGUUGGGCGUUCACUCGGUGGCGUACGCUUUCCCCGGCGUCCGCAUCAUCAGCACGGCCGUGGACAAGGAAGUGAACGAGAACUUCCACAUCGUCCCCGGAAUCGGUAAUUUUGGCGACCGAUUCUUUGGCACAGACGCUCCUUCAGAUUUCUGCGAGAGCGACGAGGGAAUGGACUUCUGAACCCGAGAACGACGAGCGCGAGGACGAGGACUAAUGACGAGGACGAGGACUAAUGACGAGGACUAAUGACGAGGACGAGGACUAAUGACGAGGACUAAUGACGAGGACGAGGACUAAUGACGAGGACUAAUGACGAGGACUAAUGA